UUCAAUCAAUAUUUGUCAACAAAACAACGUGGUGAAGUUCCAUAUUUUGACAGAUUGAACAUGAUUGGGGGCUAGUUCAAUCAUUUUGAACCAUGUCGGGUGGAAUUGAAGUGAAUACUGCCUAUAAAGGCGUAGCAGCCUCAUGGCUUGGUCUAGAUCCUAACUUUUAUUCAAAGAAAAGAAAGGCUCUUGCUGACGAUGAUGAUCCUCUGACAUCCACUAAUGGCGGUGGGACCAAUUUCAACAAACAUAAAAAUUUCAAGAAACACAGCACUACAAGGUCAGGAGAAAAGGACACAUUAACCAAACAUCAGAGUCACGAGAAGAAAAAAUCUGAAGUCAUUAAAACGAACAGUCUGAUAAAGAACAAGAUAGAAAGGAGAUUACAGUUUAAUGCUAGAGAUAGACAUCCAGAGUUUAAAGGUAAAAAAAGGACAAUUUGUGAAGAGGAAGAUGAAGAAGAAAGUAAAAGUUUUCAAGUGAAAAAUAAAAAAAUCAAACCUCAGACGGCAGCAGCAACGAGUACGUCUCAAGGCCAGACAAUUAAAGACCUCAAUACUCGGUUACUUGAUCCUGGGCUUUCUAAAAAAGCACGAAAACGCAUCAGAAAGAAAAUGGCUACUUUAACUACUUGAAAUAACUGAAAUGAUAUCAUUGAGAGUUUUGCUUCCUGUUUUUCUAUGCUAGAUAAUGAUAACAAACUCUUUAAAGAUACAUUACCUCUUAGGAUGACCAAAAAAUUGAGAUUUUUAAAUUGGUUAAAAUUUGUCUUUGUUCAUCAGUGGACUUACCUGGUGUCAUAACUAUACAACAUAAUCCCUCUUUAAUCCAAUUAAUCCAUUAAACUAAGUAAUAAUUCAUUCAAUUAAGUAAUAAUUCAUUCAAUAAAGUGAUUUUGAAACAUGCUUAGAAGCGUAUUUCACCAAUUACUUAGUUUAAUAGAUAUAUCAUCUUAUAUAGGGAUUCUAUUCUUUAGUCAUGGCACCUGGUAAGUCCAACAAGAUUGAUCAUCCAUUCUAAGUGGUACUAUCUCUUUAAUCAAUUGAAGAAUGCUUCAGAUUAUGACUAAAUGAUAAUGGGAGCUCAGAAACGCAACAGAACAAAAAUAGCUUGAUGUUACUGAAAUGAAAAUAAUUGUACUUUUUCUUCUUACAUUUCUUCAACUGAAAAGAAAGGAUCUCUUUAUCAACUUAAAAUGACUGAAAUGAUUUGAAUUGGGUGUUUUAUAUUCAAAUUUUUAUCUACCUUAUUGGACUUAUGAGGAUGGGGCUUAUAUUACUGCAACUGAUAGUUAUUGGCAGGGUGUGCUUACUCUUCUAGACACCUUAUACCACUUUUCAUUAUGAAAUACUUACUCAAUUAUGAUUGAUAUACUUCCUUGUGUGAAAGCUCAUUAGCUGCUACCAAUGUUUUGCCAGUAUGUUGUAUGGAUUUGUUCUUGGUUUAUUUAUUUUCAUGUGCCUUAUUAGACCAAUGAAAUAUAUUGGAGUCAAUCUUCAGCGUCUUAUGGACCAUUUUUUGGAAUUUUACUACAUUUUUAUAAACAUUAAUGGGAUAUUGGAGUUAGCAGGACUGCUGGUCCAGUCAGCAAAUCUUGGCAGCUCAAUAGUCCAUUCCAUUGGUCUAUUGUUUGAGUAGCUCUUUUUUUUCACCUUAUCAAGGCAGCUUUUGAAGGAUUUAGCGAUUUUGUCACAUUUCGGGUCAUGCUGAAGACUAUUGACAUAUAUUCAUGACACAAAUCGACCCCCAAAAAUGGUGAAUCUGUCCCUUUAAAUUGUUAUAUAAAUUAAAGAGUUAAAU